UUUUUGGAACUUGACUUAUCGCGAUUUUGGAAAAGAAAUUACAAAGAAAGCGUGAUCAAUUUUCGUCUUUUAUUUUCACCAAUGUCCAUCCGUAUUCUGGUCAUCGGAAACGGUGGCAGAGAGCAUUCUCUCGUCUGGAAACUAUCCCAGUCCAAGCAUCUUGACCGUAUCUUUGUCUGUCCAGGCAAUGGCGGUACCUCUAGGGAAGUCAAGACCAUCAAUGUCGAUCUACCGCCAAAUGAUUUCCCUCGUCUUGUCGAGUUUGCCGUUCAGAACCAGGUCAAUUUAGUUGUUCCCGGCCCCGAACAGCCUCUGGUUGAUGGAGUUGAGAAGCAUUUUCGCAAAGUCGGCAUACCUGUAUUUGGACCCAGCGAAUUAGCUGCCCGUAUGGAAGGAUCAAAGGCGUUCUCCAAAGACUUCAUGGCGCGCCAUUCCAUUCCCACUGCCCGAUACAGAAUCUUCCAGGCAGAUCAGUUCGACGAAGCCAUCCAGUAUAUUAAGACAUGCGGCCAUCAGGUUGUCCUCAAGGCCAGUGGGCUUGCUGGUGGAAAAGGCGUCUUGAUCCCCCAGACCGAAGAGGAAGCAAUUAUAGGAUUAAAAGAUAUUAUGAUUGCAAGUGUCUUCGGUUCGGCAGGUAACCAAGUUGUCGUGGAGGAACUGCUUACUGGCCCGGAGAUAUCAGUCCUCGCGUUUUCAGAUGGCUACACGAUCGUUCCGCUCCCCGCUGCCCAGGAUCACAAACGGAUAGGCGAAGGUGAUGUGGGAUUAAACACUGGGGGCAUGGGUGCAUAUGCUCCAACGCCAGUUGCCACUCCCGCCAUUAUGGACCAAAUCAUGAAGCAGACUCUGAGACCAACUAUCGAUGGAAUGCGCAGAGAAGGUUUCCCUUUCGUCGGUCUUCUUUUCACUGGUUUCAUGAUUACCCCCUCUGGGCCAAAGGUUCUCGAGUAUAACGUCAGAUUCGGUGAUCCCGAAACUCAAGCACUCAUGCUGCUUCUGCAUGAAGAUGUCGAUCUUGCUGAAGUUUUAUUGGCGUGUGCAGAACGUCGUCUCGAUUCGGUCUCAAUAACGACACGCCCCGGCUUCGCUGUCUCUGUUGUAUUGGCAUCCCAGGGCUAUCCGGGAAAUUAUACGAAAGGAAAGACGCUUCACAUGCUGGAUAUGCCAUCCGGUGUCAUGGUGUUUCAUGCUGGCACGAAGGCGUCCGAGAAAGACGUGUUGACUUCCGGUGGACGCGUCCUAGCAGUAACAGCUUAUGGACCAAGCAUCGAAAACGCUGUUGAUCUGGUUUACAAAGGUGUAGACCAAAUUUACUUUGAGGGAAAGACGUUCAGACGCGAUAUCGCGCACCGGGCCCUUCAAACUGGCGCAGCAAUCUCAAGCACCGGUCUGACUUACGCGCAAGCCGGCGUGUCAGUUGACGCAGGGAACGUGUUGGUUGAAGCCAUCAAGCCAUACGUGCGAUCGACGCGUCGUUCAGGCGCAGACGCUGAAAUCGGUGGUUUCGGCGGCAUAUUUGACCUCAAAGCCACUGGUUAUGCCGAUCCUGUUCUCGUCAGCGGAACAGACGGCGUUGGUACUAAAUUACGCAUCGCAGUCGAGACAGGUACUCACGACCUCGUUGGCAUCGAUCUCGUCGCAAUGUCGGUCAACGACCUCCUCGUUCAGGGCGCGGAGCCGCUAUACUUCCUUGACUACUUCGGGUGCAGUAAACUAGACGUUCCUGUCGCCACAGAGGUAGUCAAAGGCAUUGCCGAAGGAUGUCGCCAAGCAAACUGCGCGUUGAUUGGUGGAGAGACGGCGGAAAUGCCGGGGAUGUAUCAAGAUGGCGACUAUGACCUGGCAGGGUUCGCAGUGGGUGCGGUAGAACGGAAUCUGAUUCUUCCGCAGACAGACAUCUCAGCGGGAGAUAUUUUACUCGGGAUCGCGUCCUCGGGCCCACACUCUAAUGGAUUUUCGCUCAUACGAAAGAUUGUUUCGGUAUCUGGUCUCACCUAUUCCUCCCCGUGUCCAUGGGAUACCCAAUUAACCCUCGGUCGAGCCCUUUUGGAGCCAACAAGGAUCUACGUUAAACAACUACUCCCUGCAGCGCAAGCAGGGUUAAUCAAGGGCAUGUCUCACAUCACUGGCGGUGGCUUUAUUGAAAAUAUCCCCCGAGUUCUUCCGAAGACGCUUGGAUGCUUCAUUGACGCCUCAAAAUGGGAACUACCACCUGUAUUCCGGUUCCUCAUGACCCAGGGCCAAGUCGCUCCGCUCGAGAUGUCCAGGACUUUUAACAACGGAAUAGGGAUGGUGGUGAUUGUCAGCACUCAAAAUGUUGAUGCAGCUGCUCAGUCUAUACAACAGAUGGGCCAGGCUAAGGUCUAUCAGAUAGGAGAAGUCACUGAAAACCCAGGGGUUGAAAUGAGGAACAUGCACGUAUGGUCAUAGCAUCCGAUAUAUAAUUCACAGGUACAGCAAGGACAACCAAAAACACAUCCAGACUGGGGUGGCAUGCAAAGAGCGAUGGUGGGGUAAGCACGUCCGACAUAAUAGUAGACCUGUAGUAAGUAGUUUUAUGUUUGUACGUGUAAAGCGGCAGCUAUAUAGGAUGUGAAGGAAUCAUAAUAGAAAACAAAAGCAGAAGAAAA